CUGCUGUCAUCGAGAGUAUGAAGCUACCUUGGAGUAAACUUGGCAAUGUCACUACGGAUGGAUCUCCAAAUUUAACUGGAAAAAAUGUGGGACUGCUGAAGAGAAUUCAGAAUAAAGUGAAAGAGGAAAACACUGACCAAGAUGUUAUUUUCCUUCACUACAUCAUACACCAAGAAUCUUUGUGUAAAUCUGUAUUACAGCUUAAUCAUGUUGUGAAUCCAGUUGUAAAACUUGUUAACUGCAUACGAGCAAAGGGACUUCAGCACCGUCAGUUCAUUACAUUUCUGGAGGAAACCGAUGCAGACCACCAAGAAUUGCUUUACCACCCUCGUGUCCGCUGGUUGAGUUUGGGCAAAGUGUUUAAACAAGUUUGGGAUCUCAAAGAAGAGAUUUUUUUGGAGUUAAAGGGGAAGUCUGACGAUUUUCCAGAACUGAGUGACAAGAAUUGGCUGUGUGACUUUGCGUUUGCUGUAGACAUUUUUUCUCAAAUGAAUGAGCUAAACGUCAGGCUACAGGGAAAAGAGCAGUAUAUGCACGACAUGUAUACUAAUGUGAAUGCCUUUCCAGGAAAACUUCAAAGAAAAACUUAUCUCAUUUUCCCACACUAG